CUCUCUCUCUCUCUGAAGCAAAGCGACACCGAAAAUCAGAAGCAGCCUCAGACCUAAAAUGCUCCUCUCCUUCACUUCAGGGUUCAAAUGUGGUGCUGCUCCGUGAUUUUAUGAAUUAUUAGGGGACUGAGAGCUGAUUCUUGGUCCCUGGCCGACGAAUCGUGAUUGGAUGUCGGUGCUUAGGGGGAGAUAAUGAGUGGAAAACUCCAUUGUUCAUUUCUCGGGGUUCCGAUUCACAGCUCUUUUAGUAAUAGGAACCACGGGAAUUUUGUUCAUUGGGACAGAAGGAAUGUGGGGAGAAGGGUUGCUAGGAGGUGCGUGAGUGAGAAGCAAAAUUAUUGGAUUACUCAAGCGAACCGAGUGUCACAUUUUUGGGGGAGGAAUGUGGAGUUGUUGAAAAAAACCUUAGAGCUGAAGAAUGGGAAGGUACAAUGUGUUAAAGAGUCUUUUGUUCAAAACAAGUCUCUGGUGAGGUCACUAUCUCCCCUGUGGGAGGAGGGGUUACUUCUAUUUAGGUGCUCUGUAUAUGUGGUCGUGAUAUCUGGGGUAUGCUUGUUGGUAUGGUAUGGGCAGACGAGAGCCAAGGGUUUUGUUGAAGCCAGGGUUUUGCCUUCUGUUUGCUCAGUACUCAGUGAGUAUAUUCAGCGCGAAGUUGUGUUUGGUAAAGUUCGAAGGAUAUCACCUCUCAGCAUCACAUUGGAGACCUGUUCAGUUGGCCCUCAUAAUGAAGAAUUUUCUUGUGGUGAGGUCCCUUCUAUGAAACUUCGUGUUCGUCCUUUUGCAAGUCUGAGGAGGGGAAGGGUUGUGAUUGAUGCAGUUUUAUCUCAUCCAACUGUCUUGAUUGCACAGAAGAAGGAUUUUACAUGGUUAGGGAUACCCUCAUCUGAUGGUGGUCUGCAGAGGCACUUAUCAACAGAGGAAGGGAUUGAUUAUCGUACAAAAACCCGGAGGCUCGCUAGAGAGGAAGCAGCUGGUCACUGGGAAAAAGAAAGGGAUGAAGCGGCUAGGAAAGCUGCGGAGACUGGUUACAUUAUUUCAGACAAGGGCUCCACUCCAUCGAAAGGUGACGAUUCAAAGGAAGGUAAUAGCCAUUCACGGGAGCUAACAACCUCUGAAUCGUUUUUAUGCAUGGAUGAAAAGAUACACUGGAGGGAUCACUGCAUGGACACAGGUGUCGAUUAUGAUAUCAAGCAUGCAGACUUGGAGAAAUCAUUGGGUGUAAAAAUACCAGGUUCAGGGCUUAAAUUUUGGUCCAGAGUGAUAAAGGGGCCUAAAAAGCACAAAUUCAAAAGGGAUGGCUAUGGGAAUGACAUCUCUGCAUCUGGUAUAACUGCAAAGAGAAGAAUUCUUGGGGAUAGUGCAGUGAGGGCACUUGCAUAUUUUCAGGGUUUGGUGCAUGAGAAGUCUGCUGAACCUUCACAGUCAUCUGGAAGUCAUGACGUAGUGAAUGUUGACACCUAUUUGAUGAAGAAUGAGGUUGAUAAUAAUGCCAACACUUCUAUCGCAGAUAAUAGUCGAGAAGCUUUCAGAAAUGAAAAUCAGGACGGCAAAGGUUCUAGAAAUUUAGCUGACCAGGCCCUUAAAAAUAAACAGAAUGCGAAAAGUCAUUUAAGCAGUUUUGAUCUCAUAGAUGAUCCAUUUGAUCGGUUAGAUGAGAAAUCCAGUAAUUCAUCCACUGAAAAUGUUUCAGAAUCAAAUAUCAGUUGUACUGUAAGAGACGUGGGUUUAGGAAAUGAUGUUAAAAGUUUUCAUUCUGAGGAUGGUGAAUCAGAAACGCGAGUAGGCGAAACAGUGCAGAAUUCAACUUCCACAGUACCUUCUUUUGCAACAUAUGAUCAUGUUCCCAUCUGGCCCUUAAAUCCGAAAUUAGGAUUUCCCUCAUUUUCGAGAGAUGCUGGAGUUCCAUUAACACAUCUUCUCUCUGGUUUCAUUCAAAAGCUCACAUCCAGCGUGCGCCCCAGAGUUGAAGAUAUUGUUGCAGAACUUGUUGACGAGGUCAAUAUCGUGCAGCCUGAAGGCAUUGAGAAGAUUCUUCCAAUUACACUGGAUUCUGUACAAUUCAAAGGAGGAACACUCAUGCUACUUGCAUAUGGUGACAGGGAACCUCGAGAGAUGGAGAAUGUCAAUGGACAUGUGAAGUUUCAAAAUCACUAUGGUCGCGUGCAUGUACAAGUCAAUGGAAACUGUAAGAUGUGGCGGUCUGACAUCAUGUCUGAAGAUGGUGGCUGGUUGUCUACAGAUGUAUUUGUUGACAUUGUUGAACAGAAGUGGCACGCCAACCUAAAAGUCGCCAACCUCUUUGUUCUGCUUUUUGAACGGAUUUUAGACAUUCCAAUAAUGUGGUCUAAAGGAAGAGCUACUGGUGAGGUUCACUUGUGCAUGUCUAGUGGAGAAUCAUUUCCCAAUCUUCAUGGACAGCUUGAUGUGACAGGGUUGGCUUUUCAAACAAUUGAUGCUCCAUCAUCAUUUUCUGACAUCUCUGCAAGUUUAUGUUUCCGUGGCCAGCGAAUAUUCUUACACAAUGCAAGUGGCUGGUUUGGUGAUGUUCCCUUGGAAGCUUCUGGAGAUUUUGGUAUUAAUCCUGAUGAAGGAGAGUUUCAUCUGAUGUGUCAGGUUUCUAGCGUGGAAGCAAAUGCAUUGAUGAAAACUUUCAAGAUGAAGCCUCUUAUGUUUCCGCUGGCUGGCUCAGUGACUGCAGUCUUUAACUGUCAAGGUCCAUUGCAUGCUCCUAUAUUUGUGGGAAGUGGAAUGGUAUCUAGAAGGAUGUCUCAAUCAGUUUCUGAUUAUCCUCCAUCUGCUGCAACAGAAGCAGUUUUUAAAAGUAAGGAAGCUGGGGCUGUGGCAGCAUUUGAUCGCGUACCAUUUUCAUGUGUGUCGGCCAAUUUCACUUUUAACACUGAUAGCUGUGUUGCUGACUUGUACGGAAUUAGAGCUAGUCUUGUCGAUGGCGGUGAAAUUCGAGGGGCAGGGAAUGCUUGGAUUUGCCCUGAGGGUGAGGUCGAUGAUACAUCAAUGGAUGUGAAUUUCUCCGGAAGUAUGUGCUUUGAUAAAAUUGUGCAUCGAUAUAUUCCUGGGUAUCUUCAACUGAUGCCACUGAAAUUAGGGGAUUUAAAUGGAGAAACAAAACUUUCUGGAUCCCUACUAAGACCGAGGUUUGACAUUAAAUGGACUGCUCCAAAAGCCGAAGGGUCCUUAAGCGAUGCCCGAGGAGAUAUCAUAAUAGCACAUGAUUCCAUUACUGUUAGUUCCUCAUCUACUGCCUUUGAUUUAUCCUCAAAAAUUCAAACCUCUUACAACGAUAAAGAUUUGCUAAAGAAAAGAGAUGCUGAGACAAAGAGUGCCAUGCCAUUUGUUGUUGAGGGAAUCAACUUGGAUUUACGUAUGCGUAGUUUUGAGUUUUUCAGUUUGGUAUCUUCUUAUCCCUUUGAUUCUCCGAAACCCAUGCAUUUGAAAGCAACAGGGAAGAUCAAGUUUCAGGGAAAGGUUUUAAAGCCCUUUAGUGCGUCUAAUGGAGAAGAAUCAGGUCCCGAGAGAGAUAAGCAGCAGAUGAAUAUGACUAAUGAAGGAAAGACUGAUACUGGAAAGACAGAUAGUCUUGUAGGAGAGGUUUCGAUUUCUGGUCUCAAAUUGAACCAGUUGAUGCUGGCCCCUCAGUUGGCUGGAUCAUUGAGCAUUUCAACUGAGGGUAUCAAGUUAGAUGCCAGAGGUAGGCCAGAUGAAAGUCUUGUAGUGGAGUUUGUUGGGCCGCUGAAGCCUAACUGUGAAAGUCACACGCAAAGUGGCCAAUUGUUAUCUGUCUUCCUUCAAAAGGGUCAACUAAAAGCGAACAUUUGCUUCCAACCCUUUCAUUCUGCUAACUUGGAGAUACGUCAAUUACCACUCGAUGAGCUGGAAUUGGCUUCGCUCCGUGGAACAAUACAAAAGGCAGAAAUUCAGCUUAAUCUGCAGAAACGAAGAGGUCAUGGGCUGCUAUCUGUGCUUCGGCCUAAGUUUAGCGGUGUACUUGGUGAAGCUCUUGAUGUUGCUGCUAGAUGGAGUGGGGAUGUUAUCACUGUUGAGAAAACCGUCUUGGAGCAAAGCAAUAGUCGUUAUGAGCUUCAGGGUGAAUAUGUAUUGCCUGGCAGUCGAGAUCGCAACCCUGCUGGCAAGGAAAAGGGAGGUUUAUUGAAAAGAGCAAUGGCUGGGAAUCUGGGUAGUGUAAUAUCUUCUAUGGGAAGGUGGAGAAUGAGACUUGAAGUUCCUAGAGCUGAAGUUGCUGAGAUGCUUCCCCUUGCCAGACUUGUUUCUCGAAGUACAGAUCCUGCUGUUCACUCGAGAUCAAAGGAUCUCUUUGUUCAAAGCUUGCAGUCAGUUGGAUUAUACACAGAAAGUCUCAAAGAACUGCUUGAGGUCAUAGGGGGACAUUAUACCCCAUUAUAUGAAGUUAUUCUGGAAGAUGAUCUUCCGGGUUUAACCGAGCUCCGAGGUAGCUGGCAUGGUUCUCUUGAUGCAAGUGGAGGUGGCAACGGGGACACAAUGGCAGAAUUUGAUUUUCUUGGGGAAGACUGGGAGUGGGGAACCUACAAAACUCAGCGUGUUCAGGCAGUAGGUGCAUACAGUAAUGAUGAUGGUUUACGCCUAGAAAAAAUCUUUAUUCAGAAAGAUAAUGCCACAGUCCAUGCAGAUGGGACUUUAUUAGGGCCGAAAACAAAUCUUCACUUUGCUGUAUUGAACUUUCCUGUUAGUCUUGUACCGACUGUAAUUCAGGUCAUUGAAUCUUCUGCUAAUGAUGCUGUUCAAUCUCUGCGGCAAAUUUUAGCACCAAUUAGAGGCACACUGCACAUGGAAGGCGAUCUUAGAGGGAGUCUUGCAAAACCUGGAUGUGAUGUGCAAGUAAGGCUCCUGGAUGGUGCUGUUGGGGGGAUUGAUCUUGGACGAGCUGAAAUUGUUGCUUCCCUCACCUCAACCAGUCGUUUUCUGUUCAAUGCAAAAUUUGAACCAAUCAUCCAAACUGGGCAUGUACACAUUCAGGGAAGCGUACCUGUUAAUUUUGUUCAGAAUAACAUGUUAGAGGAUGAAGAUUUAGAAAAAGAUAAAAGCCGGGCUACUUCCUGGGACCAUGGUUGGGUGAAGGAAAGAGGCAGAGUGUCUAGCAAUGAUGCCAUUGAAAAGAAACAUCCAAGAGAAAGAAAUGAAGAAGGAUGGGAUACGGGAUUAGCUGAAAGCCUGAAAGGUUUAAAUUGGAACAUUUUAGAUGUAGGGGAAGUCAGAAUAGAUGCUGAUAUAAAAGAUGGGGGCAUGAUGAUGUUGACUGCUUUAUCUCCUUAUGCUAAAUGGCUUCAGGGCAAUGCCGAUAUCAUGCUUCAGGUCAGAGGCACAGUUGAACAACCGGUGCUGGAUGGAUAUGCAUCCUUCCACAGGGCAUCUAUAUCAUCACCUGUUCUUUGGAAACCACUCACAAACUUUGGUGGCACGGUUCACGUAAAAUCAAAUAGGUUAUGCAUCACGUCAUUGGAGAGUAGAGUAAGUAGAAGGGGUAAGCUGUUUAUCAAGGGAAAUCUGCCCCUUAGAACAAGCGAAGCAUCCCUUGGAGAUAAAAUUGAAUUGAAAUGUGAAGUUCUGGAAGUGCAAGCGAAAAAUUUAUUAAGUGCCCAGGUUGACACCCAGAUGCAGAUAACUGGCUCCAUAUUGCAACCGAACAUAUCUGGAAAUAUAAAAUUGAGCCAUGGUGAAGCAUAUUUGCCACACGAUAAGGGUAGUGGGGCUGCCCCCAAUAGAUUGGCAACAAAUGAACCGAGGCUUCCUAGUACAGGUGUUGAUCGAGCAGUUGCCUCAAGAUAUGUUUCACGGUUUUUCAGCUCACAACCUGCUGCUUCCAGGACAAAAUUCCCUCAACCUUCAGUAGCGAUUAAACAAGCUGAACAGGGGAUGGAGCAAGUGAGCAUUAAACCCAAUGUAGAUAUUCAACUUAGUGAUUUGAAGCUUGUUCUAGGACCAGAGCUGAGGAUAGUUUAUCCUCUCAUUCUAAACUUUGCUGUUCGUGGAGAGUUAGAGUUGAAUGGUCCAGCGCAUCCUAAAUCGAUACAACCUAGAGGCAUCUUAACUUUUGAGAAUGGUGAUGUCAAUCUUGUUGCUACUCAGGUAAGACUCAGGCAAGAGCAUCUGAAUAUUGCAAAGUUUGAGCCUGAACAUGGAUUAGAUCCAAUGCUAGAUCUAGUUUUAGUGGGGUCUGAGUGGCAAUUCAGGAUUCAAAGUCGAGCCAGCAACUGGCAGGAAAAACUGGUUGUGACAUCCACCCGUUCUGUGGAGCAGGAUGCCCUCUCACCUACUGAGGCUGCUAGAGUCUUUGAAAGUCAAUUGGCAGAGUCCAUCUUGGAAAGUGGUGGGCAACUCGCAUUUCAAAAGCUUGCAACUACAACACUUGAAAAACUAAUGCCCAGGAUAGAAGGGAAGGGAGAGUUUGGUCAGGCAAGGUGGAGACUUGUUUAUGCACCACAGAUCCCUAGUCUGCUUUCUGUUGAUCCUACUGUGGAUCCUCUCAAAUCCCUGGCCAGUAAUAUUUCAUUUGGUACGGAAGUUGAAGUUCAACUUGGGAAACGGCUUCAGGCCUCAAUUGUUCGACAGAUGAAGGACUCCGAAAUGGCAAUGCAAUGGACACUGAUCUAUCAGCUUACCAGCCGCUUGCGUGUUCUUCUACAAUCUGCUCCCUCAAAACGUCUCAUUUUUGAAUAUUCUGCUACAUCUCAGGAUUAAUCUGCUAGCAGUAUAUAUUUAGGUGUCAUUAGAUCAAAACUUCGCUUGUAGCUUCUCCUUAGUGUCAGUUGUACAUAUAACACUAUUUUUUGCUCAAAAUUAAAUGAGCCCCUAUUGUAAUUUCACCAUCUUGACUUUGUACAUAGUUCGAUAUAUCAUCAAUGAAAGGAAAUCGCCAGUUCUAAAUU